AUGAAAUCCGUGGAGAAUAUUUGUCUCAUCGUGGCAUUCGUGAUUAUGGCUAUUAUGGACCUUGUUGGAAACACACUGGUGAUUCUAGUGAUUCGUUUAAACAAGUCCAUGAGAACACCUAUGAAUACGCUUUUGCUUAACUUAGCCGUUGCUGAUAUGGUGGUAGCAGUGAUUGUCACAAUACAGUUCGUCAUUGGGCCAACAUUCGAACACCCAUCUGGAACAACAGGCUUGUUGCUUUGCAAGCUUAUUACAGGAGGACCGAUGUCUUGGUCAGCAGCUGCAGUAUCUGUGUUUACCCUGGUUGUAAUUUCCAUCGAAAGGUGAAUUUUGUUUGUUUUCCAACUAAAUAUGAGUUGGCAAAAUAGAUACAGUGCUACAAAAACGUGGCGAAAUCUUUUAGACGCGCUAAAGAUUUACACCUUUAUCAAUCUUAAUCCAACUGUAAUGCCUCUAUACUAUAUAUUUGGCAACGGUUACUAACGUACCAAGAAAAAGGACUUGAACAUGUAUUAAAACAGGAACAAACAUAAUUUAGCUAAAUUAAGUUUUUAGGCUUGUAGUAAUGAUUAAUUCAGGUCAUUUCCACAUUAGACCACAUACGUUUUAAUUGCCCCACUGAAAAACUUCAUAUUUCCAGAUUUAAGUUUACAUCAUAAAAGCAUGUUCCUCUUUUGAAAUGAUAUCAGAAUCUAUUAUUUAAUUUGCAGGAAGGGUCACACAAGCUUAUAGGCAGUGAGGUUGCUCCAAUCUAAAGCGAGCGAGUAUUUGAGUCACUAAAGCAAAACAAAACCGCUUCAGGAUUAAACUUCCGUUCCUUGAUAAAACUGUUUCAAUUCUACCAGUCCAAUUUUUCUCCUCCUAGAUAAAAAUAUCGAUGACUUCACUUCAUUAUUGCAUCAUUAUGCUAUUUCAAUUUAUCAAUAGCUCAACUGGCUUAUAAAAGUCAAUAACCAUAACUUGCAGAACAACAAACUUAAAUACUCAAAUUACUGUGAUAAAAUUACGAUCGUGCAAUGGGCCUUUGUCACACGGCGGCCAUUUUGUCCCGAGAGACUAAAGUAGCUUUCUUUUACCUGUCUAGCCAAGCUCCCAAGUUUUUCACUGCGAGGUCGAGGGUGGUAAAACAAAGCUUUUUCAGUCUCUCGGGACAAUAUAGCCGCCGUGCGAAUAAGGCAUUGGCCAUUUGCACUAUGGCGUCAAUUUACUACUACGACCAGAAUCCUUUUCCAUUUUCCUUUCAUGUUUAAAUUUAAGAAAAGCCCUAAUUUGCACAAGAAAGUUAAAAACUGUAGGAUUCUGUUCGUACUAGUCGAAUGGCGUCAUCAUGUAAAUGGCCUGUGCAAUUGUCUAAUUUUCACUCAGUGCCCGGAUUUAUCUAGUUAUUUAUUUGUUUUUCAAAUGAACAAGACAUAAUUUGUUCCACUUUCACACAGAUUAUACUUCUCCGUUCUUUUUCUUUUAUUCUUUUGUUUAAGAUAUCACGCAGCAGUAAAGCCGCUGGCUAGCCGUUCAACACUCACGAAAACCAAGCUGAAGCUCAUUAUCUUUGGUUGCUGGUUCUUUGGUUUCUUUUGGAAUAUUCCUAAUUUUGCUGUCAAGACUUAUAGGGCGGAUCUAGAGACCUGCGGUGAGCAGUGGCCCUGUCAGAUCUUUCCAAUAGUUUACAGUUUUGGGUGGAGUGUAGUGGCUUGAAUCGCACCCAUCAGUUUAAUGAGCUAUCUUUACUCAAGAGUGGUUUACAAACUGUGGUGUGAGGUGACGCCAACUGUACCAUCUACAUCACUGGUAUGCACUACUGAACAACAAACUGUUCUGACAAAUAAGCCAAUUCAGCCACUAUAGAAAACAUUGCCCAGUGAAGACCUACAGUAAUAGAUCAAAACAUCGCCUUUACUGAAAUAAGACCAUAAUGAGACAAACGAAAACCUUUCAUACCAAAACAAAAUCUGAAAAUGAUUUACGCUGGUGUUACCAAAAGCUUGUUUGCUUUAGCUGGUUCUAUCCCUAUCCAUUUCGAUCUCUUCAUCCCGUAUAAAGACAUGCAGCCGCAACAAAACGUUGCCAAUCAAACCUGUCCUGUCAGUGUUAGCCACCGUUUUGCCCAGUGUUAGAUCGAACUCCACCGGCUCUUUCAUCACUGUUCUCUGCCAAGUGGUUUUUCACCAUCCUAUUUUCCUCUUUCCAGUUGGAGUCCAUCUCAAAGCACCUUUGGGUACCUUGUCACUGGGCAUCUUUAUGACAAGACCAAGCCAUCGCAGCCUACGACUGUGAUUCUUGAUUCUUGAUCUGUCUUCUUACGCAUUUUCUCAUUAGUAAUCUUAUUGGUCCUUUGGAUAUUACAGAGGCAGUAGUUAUGAGAGAUAUCGACCUUUUUCAUAUCUCCUUUCCUUUCUCUCCAGCGCUCAGAGCGAUACUAAAAGACAAACUUGAGAUUCCUGUUGUAAAGCCUGAUCUUAGUUUUGGGGCUGUUUUGCUUAGACGCCCGGAUGUUGCACCUCUGGCUUUGUUAGGCGGGACCAACAGCCAUAAUGAGGCCAUGAUUAUGGUUUUUGGCGGGACUUCGUAUCUUUAUGGGCACCCUUUUUAGCUCUUUUUCCUACUAAUAAGGCUUCCAAGAUAGGUAAAAGUUUCAAUGCACUCCAGUUCCUCCCCACUGAUGGUGAUUGGGAGUGAUGUAGAGGCAUGUGCGUACAUCAACCUAGGUCUUUCUAAGGUUGAUAAACAGACCUUGAAAAAUUCCUUAGUUUGUCACAUCUUUUCUAUAGAUGGCUAAGAGCGGCCGAAAUGACUGCCAGAUCAUCGGCAAAGUCAUGGUCUUCCAAAUGUGAGCACAAGGUCCACUGGAAUCCAAGGAGACCGUCUGAGGUUGCUUCAAGCAUCAGCCAGUUGAUGGCUACUUGAAAAAUAAAACCCUGUCUUUCUCCAGACUUGACGGUGAAUGACUCUGUCGGAGCAUUCUCCAAGAUGACACUACAUUCAUAGUGUUCAUAAUUUCCCUAUGAUGCAAACAAUGUUAGGUGGUCAUCCGCAUUCCCUCAGGAUCCUUCAAAGACUCUCUCAUUGAACACGUACUGUCGAAAUCUUUCUCAAAAUCAAUGAAGCUGAUUAAAAGGAAACAUUCUACUCAGUGCAUUGUUCAACAAUGUUCCGGAUAGCAAAAACUCGAUCUAUGCAGCCUCGGCCUUUGCGAAAUCUGCCCUAUUACUGCCUCAACUCUGGAUCUAUGGCACUGUCAAUCAUUUUGAGAAGUACUCUACAGAAGACCUUGCUGGGGAUGGACGUAGAUGUCAUACCCUGUCAGUUGCCACAAUUACUGAGAUCCUCCCUCUUUGGGAUCUUAAAUAUAAGGCCAAUGAACCAGUCUUUAAAAAAGACUUCACGAUUCCAGAUCUUAGCAAAGAGCUCGGUCAGCACUAAGGACGCAGUGAUGGUAUCUUCUUUUAGUUAUUCUGCUUGAAGCGAAUCAAUUUCUGAAGCAAUUCAACUUGGGCCAGAGAGGGUGAGUCAGUGUUAAUGUUGAGAUCGUUUUAAGGGUCAUCAGGCUCUGACAGGUUACGCACUUCUUUGGAAUGCUGAAUCACUCUUUCAGCCUUUUCCCCUUUCAGAUGUUAUCACUUUCCCUUCCUUAUCUUUAACUGGCUUGGUGCAGGUGUUACUUUGUCCACUUAACUGAGUAGUGAUCUCGUACACAGUGUUGAGGCCUCCCUUAGCUGCAGCCUUCCUUGCUUCACUAGCUAGCUCCUCCACACCCCUGGAAUGUGCCUUAUCUUUCCCUGAGAAAAAGGAUAGUCGAGCCAUCGCGUGUCACUCUAUACCUCCAGACCAAGUCCAUCGCGAACAUGGUGUGCACAUUCCAUGCUCCAAUGCAGAUGGUAGUUCGGGUUCCCGAAAAGCUCUGAUUCAAAUUCCGGACUUCCUGAGUUGGGCUUUUAUUCAGAAUUGUCAUGGAGCCACUUUUUUCGUUAGAGUUUGCUAGCUAGUUUCCUGGACCCAGCGUUUCUGUGGAUAGUGUUGUUGCAGUUUUGGUAACAAGUUGUUGUUUUGUUGGGUGGGUUAUCUAGGCCCAUACACAACCCCCAACAUGUUAGGACCAGGCGCUGCUUUUAGUUUGUCCUUUCAGGUCUUGUGUAACCAGCCCGUCUUGGUUGGACCUGCCUGGAGCUUAGGCCUCGCCUGUAAUACAGCAUUGCCAUUACGGCAGGCAAGCUCCCCCAGCACGAGAAGGUAACAGCGCGCCGGAUAUUAAAGAAACUGCCAAAUUUAUCAUAAUUCUAACAGUAGGAACUGUCACAAAAUUCAGUUGAACAUUAAAAAAAGGCCGUUCAGAACUUAACAUGAAAAAAAGGUAUAAAUAAAAAGGCAAAUACAAAAGAAGGCACAAAUGACCAAACUUGAGGGAGAUUAAAAAGGAUUCUAGUUCAAUUAAGAGUUUUGAAAACCUGUCAGCCUAAAAAGUUUUUUUAAGUUCAUGUUUGUUCUUUUUAACGUUUGAUAUACGGCUGGGGAAGCAUAUUCGUUUGACCGAAGGCUGGGAUUUUUUCGUCCUUUACCAGUUAUUUCUAUUUAACAAAUACGAAAACGUAAUGAUGUUAAUAAACUGAGCUACAAAGCCGUGAAAAAAGCCUCUUCAAAUGUCGGAUCAUGAACUGAUUGUAACCAAGGCUAUCUGUUUGGUGCUGCUCACCAACGGAUGUCAGCGAUGCUUUAAGAAUUAGCUCCUUCUCACCCUGAGGGAAUAUAGCACAAACAUGGUCAUAAAUCAGAUGUGAAUGCUGUCGGGUUGUUCUUAAUGUCGACUGGAUGCGUGACAUUAGACACUGAUCCAAAUCCCUCUUUUGCAGAGAAAAGCCACAUUAAUAAAAAAGAAAGCUACUAUGGCGGUGAUAACGGUUAGUAUAAUCUACACCAUUUGUUGGGUGCCAGUCUGUGUGAUGUACUGCUUGAUACAAUUGCCACCAAACUUGAUGAGACUUAGCUACCAACACAAAGUCACCAUACUUCUGGCCAUGUUCAACGCCAGUGUUAAUCCAGUGGUUUAUAGCUUCACCAGUGCACAGUUUAGACAACAUGUCAUAAACCUGUUUCGAUGUAAAUGCUGUCGCGUUGUUCCCAAAGUCGACUGGACGCGUGACAUUAGACACUGGAGCCCCAGUUCCCCAGGUCAACCUCAGGGAAUACCAACAACGUACCAAGAGACGGUCAGAAUAUUUACUUUAUAGCACUUGUGGUGAAAACAAAGAGGAAAAUAAGUGAUUUCUUGGUUAUAAGAAAGGAAAACUACUCCUGCCGAUUAUCGGAAAAUGACGGUGUCCAACAACGAAGCCCUUACUACUUUGGACACUGUACACAAAUGAACUUAAUGUCUUUCAGCUUAAAGAUUAUUUAUCAGCUACUUUGUUCUCCUACUUACGUACACUUGUGUAAAUGCCUCAUAUAGUGUGAAAUAAAGAAAGAUUGAUUGAAACAAUACCGCUCCGUGUCAGAGAAAACGAAUUAAAGAAACUACAAAUUUUGUAAGCGUAACUUACAUCCAAUCCGCGAAAAUAAUUUUCCCCGAAUUCCCACCAGUGAACCUGCUCACAGUUUACAUACAACCACUCCAGAGUGAUAUCUGUGCAUUUCCAAAAAGAAUUAGUCGAGAGAAUUUCAUAAAAUUUCAUAGUAUUUUGCCUUUGUUGAUCAUUUCAGUGAUUUUCGUAACCUUUUCUCUUGAUAGGACUUAAAAGAUUAAAAAACUCAGCCUACUCUCUUCCAAUCACCACCCAGCCCUCACCCCUCCCCACUUGAAAAAAUGUUCUGCCAUCCCUGUAAGUACAUACUAGAGGAACCAUACAAGAUAUCUACAUAACAGCAUAAUCCAAGAUUGUUUCUAGAGACAGAAUUUGUGCCAUUUUUGUGACACAAACUAGGAUGUUGGAAUGCUUGCUUUUGCUACAAAUUCGUAGCUAUUCGCUUUAAAUAUUCAUUAGGUGUUCCCAGGGCAGGGAUGUCACUAACAUUUUAAGUUGCUGGGUAAAUACAACAAUUAGGAGGGGAAUAAAACAGCUUGGGAUAUCUUUGGGAGUUAUGUUUCUUCUAUUUUCGACCUAUGCAAUUAGCUGGGGGCCACAUUCAUAGAAGCCGGAGGAAAUACUAUGCCCCGACCUAUUAAUGACAGCCCUAUGUUCCAGUAAGGUAUUAAUAAUGAUGACAGUGACGAAUUCUAGAUCUCACUUUGCUAACAAACUUUCGGGAUUCCACUGCCCCUGUAGGAAAAUUAGAUGCAUUGAAUGGUAGUAUUAGGUGCAAUUUGAUGCCCAUAAAGGGAACAGACCCAUGUGUCCACAUUAAAGAGGUGCCCAUCACAGUUUAAACGAGUCGUCCAUGCAGGUCAAUCCAAAUCUUCACUGCCCUAUAGGCGAAAGAUCGUUGCCCCGAAGCUGUUUUGAAAAGUGGGAUUUCGGGGCUGCUACAGUUGCGCGUCAACCUGUCGUGAAUAUUUGCUCUCUGUAAUAAGUUGGAGCAAAGGUAACCAGGUGCAAGAUUAUAAUAGCAUUUGAAAGGCAUAACAGCGUCUCUAAGGUAUAACUGCUGUUCAACAGGGAGCCAGUUAAGCUGACAUAGAAGCAGGUUUACAUGGUCAAAUUUUCUCGAUCCAAUAAUUAUCUUUGAAACAAAGUUCUAAAUUGACUGAAAUUUCUUUAAAUUAGAGGUGGAUGUAUUCUACCAGACUGUGGAACAAUAAAACAUCUUACUGAACACUAGUGUUGUGAUCAUUAUUGAAAGUGUUUCCUUAUUGACAAUGUUUUUAACUCAAUUGAUUUGAACUAACUUAGCUAAGCAAGAUGAGACAAACUGAGAGAUAUGAUUAUCAUAAGUGAGAUGUGAGUCUAAUAUCACGCCCAGGUCCUUAGCUGAGGUUAAGGGAGUCAAGGUCUUACCAAGGAAUAACACCAUUAGGCUAGUAAGCUGUCAGCCCAUGAGUUGCUUAGUUCCAAGAAGCAUAAACUUCGUUUUGUCUGGGUUGAUUAACAGGUGGUUUUCACAACACCAAGUGGUUAACGCGAUGUUAGUGCUUCCCAGUCGAAAUGAUAGAAAUAGCUUAGAGUUGUCAACGUACGACUCCAGACAACAUUAUUGUGGCGCAUUAGUUAGGUCAUUCAAGUAAUGCAGAAGAGUAAAGGUGAUAAAAUGGCACCCUGUGAUACCCCAUGGGUGAUUGGUAGCGCAUACUGCUGUAUGAGGUAUGUACAGUAUACAGCUGUUUGAAGAAAGGUUGUCAGAAGAAAUGCACAUGCAACAAUCCCAAAAGGUAAUAUGGGAUAUGAUCAAUACACUGUUUGUAACGACUGAAGCUGUUAAACCUACGUUUGCUGCUUUCCUUUAGUACUAGCAAACAGGUGUGAGUGGCCUCGCGUACCAUUCUUUCAAAUUUCUUUGAAGAACAGAGCCCUCAAAGUCACCCACAAUACCUUUCGGGAUUGUCGCGUGUACUUUUUCCGACAACCUUUCUCAAAAUAGCUGUAGAUCCAAUACGAACUGCUUGAGAGUAGCCUGACAAAUAGCUCUUGAACCACUUUAAUGUAGCAGAUGAUGCGCCCAUAGCGGAGAUCUUGUAAAGCAAUCGAUCAUGAACAAUUUCUGUCAAAAGCUUUUGAAAAUCGAGCAGAAUCAAAGCAGUGAUUUUUUUUCUGGUCUACGUCCUUCAGUAUAUGGGCAAAUGCUACAAGUAUUAAUCCACUAAUAAAAAUAAAAUGAGUUACAGUAUAAUUUUUGAGAAACAAGCUUAUUAAGUAGUGGUGUGCCAAACAUUCACUAUAAUGAUCAUUGAUCGAAAUCUUCACACAAAGUGAUGAUUGUGGGGAAGGUUCAAUCAAUUAUCAAGGGAAAAAAAUAUUUGUUGGCGAAUUAAAGCAGGCAGUGAAAAAACUUUGAGCUACUACUCCACAAUCAAAAUGUUAUGUUCUUUGAAUUGUGCAAAGGUAAAAAAAUAAAUGGAAUGCACAGAGAUUUUUCUGAUUAUAAUCGAUGAUCAAUCAGGUGGGUCAAUCCAAUUAUCUUUGAAGAUCGAUUAUGAAAUCUCAACUAAUUCCCAACACUACUAUUAAGAUUGCUUUGCAAUACACAAAUAACAUGUCAUUAUGUAGCAUAAGUGUUAAGCAGUGUAUGAAGUAAACUCAUCAUUCAACUUUUGAUUUCUUUUCUUUUGGUUCAUAAUUGUCACCUUCGUCAUUGUCAUCAACAUUUUGCUCCUUGCUGUGGCCAGUACAAUCCUCACUAAUGUCUCCUUCUUCUUUAUCAGAGAGCAGCUCAGCCGGCUCCUUCAGUAGUUUUCCUGAAAUAGCUGAUCUUUCUGUACCUUUUCUAGCAUCAGCAUGGAAUAAAACAUCCCUACAGUUCUUUGUGAUGGCUGCUUUUGAUUGUUCCUCCUUCAAAUUAAACAAUAACCCGAGAUUAAUGAUAUCAUAAGGCCCGCGAAAGUCAAGCUCGUUUACUGCCCCACUUGAAAUAAUAAUGUUCUUUCCUUUUGCAAAAACAACCAAGUCCAAAGCCGUAGAAAUUAGAUUUUUUCUCUGGGACGAGUCUCUUAUUGCAGACGAAUAAACAAUCUCAAAAUGUAUUCCUCGCUCAUUUGCUGCAUUUACUGUAGGGAAUUUCAAGUAGAAUGGAAGGCGUUCUGUCAUGUCGAGUGAAAUUAUAUCAACAUCUAGCGUUUUACAAGCUUGCUGGAAAGCUUCUCUGUAGCCGGUUGAACUGCUAAGAUAUCAUGGGAUUGAACGGGAUCACUGGACAGUUGAUGCACCUGGCUUUGGUCGUCUAGCUGUACAGUUAACCGUGUAUAAACUUUCAAUCGUGGGUUGAUUUUCUUCAUAUCUUUUAUCGCUGGGUAAUUACCCAAGUUGACUGGGGUCAGUUUAGCGGCGCCCUUUCUUUCUUUUUUCACUGUUUCAAGGUGAAAGGUUCGUCAAGAGCCAUUAUGGCUCUUGUCUUAGCGGAUUAGUCCAUUGUUGUGCCAUUGACUUUCAACCAUGAUCUUUUCACCAGAGGAGCCGUAAUAUUUUCAUCAAUACUGCUUUUGUUAAAGAAUUGCUUCAUACAUGCGAGGCUAUGUUUUCGGCAUAAAACGGGUAAAUUGGUAGAAAAAUACCUCCAGUUUCUGAAGCGUAAAUAUUGUCUAUUUUAUUUCCCGUUAAACCGUACGAAAGGAACGUUUUAUUAUCCCUGUGAUCAGAGGGCCACAAGUUUAUCCGGAUCCUAUUUUACCCUCUCUAAAUAAGCGGUCUACACGCCUGCCCCCGCUCUCUUUUUUUCUAUCGACAGCACUGAAUCCUAAGCCAUACUUGAGUUCAAAUGAGAAAAAACUUACCAAAAAGUAAACUUUGAUGUGAAAUUACAUAAGUGCUUUCUCUUCUUUUUGCCUUCUUUUUAAACUUGAAGGUAUCACGUUUCUCUUUAUUUGCACACCCUGCUAGCCGAGGUUUCUUUCCGGCAUGGUCAGUUAAUUUUAUUUAUGCGAAGUCUUUUGCCUCAUUGAUAUUCAGGUAGUUCCGCUUGCUCGGCGCAGCGACGCGAACGAUUCUGCACACGCUAAAAGUGUAGGUAACCCUCAUGAGUGUUGUCGUAAAGGGUUUUACAGUCAAGCCAAGUCAAGCGUACCCCCCAAAAUUCCAUUAAUGAAUUUAUUAUUUGAAAGUUGAGACCGUUGGCAGUUGUAGAUUUCAGAUUCAUCUCUACAUUCUUGCAUGCGUAAUGAGCCGUGAAUUCACACGCGAUUCAGUUACAAAAUUUCCACCAGCUCAGUUUCCCUCAAUUUGGCUGUGUAUAAAAGUGGGACGGGGACAAGGGGACAAGGACAUCGGGACGCGUGUGUGGGGACUUGGGACGUGGGGACGCGAGACGAGGGACUUGAGGACAUCAACUAUGGGACUCGGGGACGUGAGGGACGGGGACGCGGGGACGUCAAAUACAGGGACGCAGGGGAGGCGGGAUGUGAAUGAUUAUUGCAAAAGUCGCAGGUAAAUGCGAUAUCAGUCACUUUCCUCGUGAAUAUGUUUUGGUGAAAGGAAACCCACCCUGCCCUCCUUAGGGUUCCUCCAUGCCUUUUUACGAAGAGAAGACUCGGCGAAGACCCCCUGCAUUAAAGAAAGUGAAACCGUUGUCCUAGUCUUCUUGCUGAUGGAAUAUUGGAGCCAGUAGGGUAGGUUGGGUUGCGGUCGCCAAAAAUUAUGUAGAAUAACAGCAUUCGAUUCCAAAUAAAUAAAAAUUAAGUGGCAUUAGCGAGCUUCGAAUCCCGAAGUUCUAACUCCGAAAUCCAUCGCCUGUACCACUAAACCACGAGGGAUUCAACUAUUGCAGCAAUAUUUAUUUUGUUCUACAUUUUUAGUGGCAAACCUAACAGUAAAUGCUUGCUAACAGUACUUAAAGGUUGAUUUCCACCGACGCGUUUUUGGCUAUGCACGUUAACGCAAGUAAAUUUUAAUCACGUAAAUAAGAUAGGCAAGAUAUAAAUUGUCGAGAUUAAACGUGAAGUUGAGCGAGAUUCUACUUUUACGCUUACGUGCGGCCUUUCAGACAUUGCCUCUAUUUUAUGUGCGAACGUAAAUUUUACGCACGUAGGCAUGAAAAAAUUACGCGACAGUGGAAAUCAACCCUAAACCUGAUCACGAUAGUCAGUGGGCUUUUAAUACUUCGAUUAUAAAGAAAUAUUUUGUGUACACAUCAUAAGGUGUCCAAUGUGGUUUUGGAAGAUGGAAUCUAAUGUUGACCAUAAAUAACACAUUUCCACGAAGAAAGAGAUAUCGCAUUUACCUCCGACUUUUGCAAUAAUCAUUAACAUCCCGGGUUCCCUGCGUCCUAGUUUUUGACGUCCGUCCCCGCGUCCCCGCGUCCCAUACUUGACGUCCCCAAGUCCCUCGUCUCGCGUCCCCAAGUCCCAAGUCCCCACACACGCGUCCCAAUGUCCCCGUCCCCUUGUCCCCGUCCCACUUUUAUACACAGCCCCUGAAUUUGAUGUAAAUGUCUUCUAAGAAUUUUAAUUCAUUCAAAGAUUUUCAAUCUGACCAAAUACAGGCAAGUUCUCGUAAAUUAUUCACUGCUCCUUACGCAUGCAGUAAUUCCGAUUUGAAUUUGACACCAGUUACGGGAACGACUAACAGAUUCAUUUUUCAAAUAAUCAAUUCAUUAAUAGAAUCAUGGCGGGUACGCUUGACCUGUUUUGACUGUAAUCAGUUAAAUCCAAUUACUAUAUAUCACAAAUGCAACACAAAAAAAUAAUAAUAAUAAAGGAUAAGCCCGCCAGGAGGGUAGUGAGUACUCAAGAUUAGUACUCAGGUAUGAAAAAAGUUGAAUUUUUAUGUUACAUAAUAAAUUCUAGUCGUCCAGUUUUGAAUGUGCGUUGUAUGUAAAGUAGUACGUUGCUGUUUUUCAAAGAGGCAACACGAAGCAGAAAUGAUUGUGGGAGUGAAGUUGUAAACAAAAACAGAAUACAACAGGUCCUUAACGCAAUUAAAAUGUAAACUGACCUAAUGAUCAUAUACUUGCCAACUUUUUCUGAGAUAUAAGCGUGAGAUUUUUAUCCUGGGAGUGCUGGGAUUUUUGAAGACGACACGAUCAUUUCCGAAGAUUCCCGAAGAAGUCCGAAGUCUUCCGAAGAAGUCCGAAGUCUUCCGAAGACGUCCGAAGUCUUCUGAAGACGUCCGAAGUCUGCCGAAGGCGAGCUCGCUCCCAGUGCUUUUCACUUCAAAAAUCAGAGAUCGCGAGGAAGGUAUUGUCAUUUAUUCAUUUUACACAUGGUUUUCAUUCCUUACAUGGGUCUGAGUAACCAUAUUUUUGGAAAUUGUGUCAAGCAAGACGGCAACAACUCACAUUUUUCAAUCAGGCGUGAGAAAAUUGGCCCGCAGGCGUGAGCCGGCGUGAGAUCGAAGUUUUCAACCCGCAGGCGUGAGAGUUGGCAGGUAUAUGAUCAUUGUAUCUCUUCGUUUGAAAUACAGGUGUAUUGUCUGGGGUGUUGGAGAAAAGAGAUUAAGUUAUGUCAAACUGGCCAUGAAAGAAAAAUCAAGUUACGAGUGGGAUGUUCAAGGUAUACCGCUCGAAAGCAUUAUAUAA